AUGGGGAUGCAAGGCCCGCUUAUGGCGCAGGCCCUGGGCCGUUCGCCAUAUGAUGAUGUAGUUCAGGGCGAAGGUGAAGAUGACUCGCGGGUUCCAACCCAGCAGUACGACCAUGGCGGGCGUCCAGUCAAUCCCGACACCAUGAGGAUCAACAGAGACAUCAUCAGAUCACACAACCAGGUGAUGUUUAUCAUCGGCAUCGCAGAGCCCGAAAAUCCGGGCCCUGAAGUAGACUUGCAGAGACGGCAUGGUAUGUACGAAGAAGCUAUUGGCCUUAAAUUGGCAUCAUCAGCAAAACGCUGCGUGGAAGCGGUUGGAGUUUUUGGUAUCAACGGCCUUAGAGACCGGAUUCUGAUCUAUAAACGAUACUCCAAGAUCCCGUUUUGGGAGCUUUAUCAGCAGGCGCGUCGCGAUUUCUCAUUUUCUAGAGAUAUCUUCCCUGGCGCUCCGGCAAACCUUUUGUCGAACUACAUUGAGUUCUCAGUCGCCCGGCUUUGGCUUGGCGAACAAGAAAAGCUUGGUGCCAGGCGUUUUGUCCACGAAGCCUGGUCGUACAUUCGCGUUCACUUAGAGUUACAUAUAUCACUACAAAGGCUUGGCCUAAUACCGAGCCACCAAUGGCUACCCAGCCCGUCCUUUUUCAUUCCUUUUACAGAAUCGUCGCCCAUCGUUGCCCCACCUCCUCUUGAAGGCUUUGGAGUUUCUUCGGUUUUGCAAUGGCUAGGCGGUCUGCUCAUAUGUAAUGCCCCAUUCCUCGUCUUUGUCAUGACUCAAAGAAUGGUUCGCGAUUGGAAGCCACAUAUAUGGGCUGAGACUUUCAAGCGCCUGCCGAGCACCGUAUUUCAUGGCAAAACAAUCCCUCAAGCUCCACCGUCGAUAUCACAAUCUUUCGCAAACGAGGCUACUAGCGAGAUCCAUUCUAAUGAAGGAGGAACGCCUGUUGCGCCUGUGGAGAGCCAACUCCCAACUGACACUAGCAAUGCAGAUGCUGUGCGUAGGCCAAGUAUAUUUUCGGCGAGAGGGGAUGAUUAUGGGAGCGAUGAAGAGGACAAUGAUGGCAUAAGGGCCACUCUUAUCAGCUUUGAUGUGGAGGCAACCGAAUCGACUGAUGCACCUCAGGGCUUAUGGAGUGCCGAAUUAAGGCCAAGCGUUGCUAAUACGGACUCGAGGGCCUCUAUCAGCUCUCAACCUACAUACCUGGAUACGCUUCUCACACAAAUACCAGCGCUCCUGGCGUCGCACAUGCUGUCUAAUUCGAUAACACGGCUCCUAAUGACUCCUUAUGAUGCAACAGCCCUACGUCUAGUGGCCCGGGCGUUCUGCUUGCGAAAUGGCUUACCCUGCGAAGAUAUAUGCCAAACAAACCUGCUGAGCGGCCUCUCUUGGACGUCAGCCAUGAAUUAUUUGUGGACUGAGUUCAUUCAUCUCCUUCUUACUACAGAAGUUUGGGCUGUUUUCACUGGCCUCUCUCAAUGGUACCACUUUUCGGAAGAGGAGUGGGCUGCCGAAGAAGCUAAGACAUAG